AAAAAGUCUUCCCCUUUCUCUUUACCUUCAUUUUCUCUCUCCUCUAAAAAGCCUAAAACAAAGGACAUUCUCACUUCACUCCCCUUUCAAUUUCAUACCCACUUCUAAAACCUAAAACCCAAUAGAAAUUCACUACUUUUCAAGCAUUUAUCACUCAUAAUAAUCAAAAUUACCCACCAAAAAAUAUAUACUCAUUUAAAGAUCAUCAUAUAUUCAUUAUCAUAAGAUUUGAGAUUAUAUGUUUUGAUUUGUGAUGGUCCAAAAAUGGAAAUAAUUGACGAAAGAUCUGAAGGAGGAGGCAAAAUUUGGAGUCUUUUUAAGCGCCCAUUUCGUCAACCUAUAUCUUCCAUUUCUUCUUCAACGCAUAGUAUUACUCACAACAACGGUGAACCCACUGUAUCUAAUUCUACUACACCUUCCGUUUCUUCAGUUGCUAGAUCUUUACUCCCUACACGACGUCGUCUUCGUCUUGAUCCUUCCAACAAGCUCUACUUCCCCUAUGAACCCGGUAAGCAGGUUAGGAGUGCCAUAAAGAUCAAGAAUACAAGCAAGUCUCACGUAGCAUUCAAGUUUCAAACAACUGCACCGAAAAGCUGUUUCAUGCGUCCUCCUGGAGCUGUUCUUGCUCCUGGCGAGAGCCUCAUAGCAACUGUUUUUAAGUUUGUGGAGCACCCUGAGAACAAUGAAAAACCUUUACUUGAGCAGAAGAGCAAGGUGAAGUUCAAAAUCAUGAGCCUAAAGGUGAAAGGACCAAUGGACUAUGUUCCUGAAAUGUUUGAUGAGCAGAAAGAUCAAGUGGGCAUUGAACAGAUACUGCGUGUUGUUUUCCUAGAUGUAGAGCGACCUAGUGCUGCUUUUGAAAAAUUGAAGCAUCAAUUAGCAGAGGCUGAAGCCGAGCUUGAAGCACGCAAAAAGCCGUCAGAAGACAAUGGACCAAAUAUAAUUGGUGAAGGACUUGUAAUAGAUGAAUGGAAGGAGAGGAGAGAGAGAUACCUUGCUAGACAGCAGGUAGAAGGGGUGGACUCUGCAUAAAAAGGCAACGCGAGAGCUCGUUAUUCACCUUUCCCGGGUGUUUUAACCGAGUAAAUGUUUCCGAUUCCUAGAACUUCACGUAGGCGCAUUUGUUCCCACCAUUUAGGAAGAUUACUGAUAUCGGGAGGGGUGAUGACGCUUCCAUUCGCCAAAGAGUUGAGUUGUGAUUUAAAUGUAGAUAAAUAUGUCUUUUUUGAAGGAGAAAUGAAAAUUGAGAAAAGGGGGGGGGGGGGGGGGGGGGGUGGU